UGUUAGUUCUGAUGUUAGUAACGUUAGUAACUUUGGAAAACAUGUAGUGGUAUCGCGGUGUCCUGUGGAUGUGUCAUCUGUCGUUUUGUACCUUCUAGCUUGUGAGAUGUGUGUUGUUCCGCAAUUACACUGUAGAGAUUAAUAUAUUCCAACAUUUAUAACAAUUUUUGCGAAAAGUGAAAACAAAUAUACAUGUCCUAUCAUUUUAAACUACAUUGACAAGGUAUAAGGAAAAACAAUGCAAACAAUCAAGUGUGUUGUGGUAGGUGAUGGUGCUGUAGGUAAAACCUGCCUGCUGAUAAGCUACACUACGAACAAGUUUCCAUCAGAAUAUGUACCAACAGUUUUUGAUAAUUAUGCUGUUACUGUAAUGAUUGGUGGUGAACCAUAUACCUUAGGAUUGUUUGAUACAGCAGGACAAGAAGAUUAUGACAGAUUGCGACCUCUUAGCUACCCUCAAACUGAUGUAUUUCUAGUGUGUUUUUCAGUUGUUAGUCCGUCCUCAUUUGAAAACGUCAAAGAAAAAUGGGUUCCAGAAAUAACACAUCACUGUCAAAAAACUCCAUUUCUUCUUGUUGGAACUCAAGUGGAUUUACGUGACGACGGGGCUACAAUUGAAAAAUUAGCGAAAAAUAAGCAGAAACCAAUUUCAGUUGAACAAGGAGAAAAGUUAGCCAAGGAAUUAAAAGCAGUAAAAUAUGUUGAAUGUUCAGCUUUAACCCAAAAAGGUCUGAAAAAUGUAUUUGAUGAAGCUAUUUUAGCUGCUUUGGAACCUCCAGAACCAAUUAAACGUAAAAAGUGUGUAAUUUUGUAAGCAUAAAACAAUAAAAUUGAAUUAAACUUUUUUAUGUUAGUUUAAACACAAAUUUUAUAUUUAUUUGUUUAUUGUUAGUUAUGAUACUACUAAAAAUUGUUUGAUUACUAUAUUAACUCUUCCAUUUCUCUUAAAUCUGAUAAUAAUGAAUUAUUUUUGGGAACAGGAGUCAGUAUUAAAUAAGGGACUUCAGUUAAAUUGAAAGUUUAAGUUGGCAAUAAGUGUUCUAAACAUUAUAUUUCUAGCGAGAUUUGUUUUGUACUGUUUGUAAUCUGUACUUUAUUAUUUUCAUAUUAUUAAUCUGAACAGUUCUUUAUAAUUUCAAAAAAGAGAUGAACGAAAAUUAUGUAUAAGUUAUCCAUAAUUAUUAAAAUAAAAUACAUAAAUUAA